AUGUAUCAACCUGAAGAAGCCUGCAAAGGGAACUUACUUCACACCUAUGACAAGAGUUACUUCGCAAGACUCGCACAAUCUGGUGAUGAACUGCCUUUGGCUAGAACCGUCCGUCUCCACCUGCUUAAGGGAGAGAAAGAAAAAUCUUCCAGUCCAGAUUUCAAUAAUCUUUUGUUGGGCUUCGCACCAUUCACAUUCAAUGAUAUUGGAUCAUCUCACGAUGUUGAAAACGCGUUGCUUUCAACCACAUACUGCUGUGAGGAAGAACACUGGAAUGACUACGUAUGUACGCCUAAUCUGUUGACUGCUGACGACCCUGUGUACCAGUCCACAGGCAUCAACUGUAUGAAUAGCACCCGACCUCUUACUUUUCAGGACUACAAGUGUACUAGGGAAGCUGUACCAGCUCCUCUGAAAAAAGCGACUACCUGCUACGAUUUAUCACAAGUAUACAAUGUAUAUAAUGAGGGUGACCAAGUGAUCAGAUCUUUUGUCAAAGGACAAUUGACAGUGGAAGAAGAUGAUGGCCACGUUUACCCACCAAGCAGUCCAAAUGCUUUCUGUCCAUUCAACUCAGAAUUCAACAGUUUGUUGUCAGUCGUACUUUACGAGAUCUGGUUUGUGCGUCACCACAACUACUUGGCCAGCAAGCUAGCUGAACUCAACCCAUGCUGGAGUGACGAGAAAUUAUUUAAUGUUGCUAGAAACAUGAACAUUGCUUAUUACCAACAAGUGUUGUUGUACGAAUGGUUAUCAGCACUAGAAGGUCGCAGUAAUCUCAUUAAGGCUGGUAUUAUAAACAAAUACGACGGAUUCAGAGACUUGUACGAUGAGGACGAGGAUCCUGAAGUGACAUUGGAAUACGCCUUCGCCUUCCGUUGGUUCCAUUUGAUGCAGCCCACUGUUGCUAAGUUCUAUGAUCGACAUGGCAACUUUAUAGAGGACUAUUCACUAUUGAGUACUACAUUCCAUACCGGAUUUAUAACAGAUGGUGACAAUAUUGAGUACCUUACCCAGAGUAUGAUCAGAGAUGGAUGCCGUGCUUAUGACAGCACCGUUGCUUAUGAUUUAGUCAAUGACCCUAUACCCGGUAUGCAAGAGAGGCUUGAUGUAGCCGCUGGAGAUUUGAACAAAUGUCGCAAUCUCGGCGUGGCUCCUUACGUUGACUAUAUCAAGCACUUCACAGACAUCGAUAUCAAAUCCUUUGACGAUUUAUCUGCUUUCAUACCAGUUGAUAAAAUUAAACUAUUAAAAUACUUGUAUGGAGAUGUGAAAGACAUAGACUUAAUAGUUGGCCUCUGGAUAGAAAAGACAAUGGAAGGUGGUCACAUUCCUCCUACUUUUGCCAACAUCAUCAAUGAUAAUGUGAUGAGGGCUUUGAAGAGUGACAGACAUUGGUACGAGAGACCAAACAGGCCUGAUGCCUUUACAGAGGCUCAACUUAAGGAGAUCAGGAAAGCUUCAAUAGCUCGUUUACUGUGCGAUGUAGGUGAUGGCAUCUCCGAAGUGCCCAGAAACGCCAUCUACAACAUUUCUCCUGAGAAUCCAUUGGUGAGUUGUGGCCAAAUUAUGGGCAUUGAUUUUAGCGCCUGGAAAGACAACACUUGUAAAAGCAGUUAACAAAAAAUUGGUUUCCAGACUAUAGUGACAUCAGAGAUCAGAGAUCAGAUAAA